UCUGUGAGGUUCAACCUGAGCAUACCCCGCUCCUCCCUAGCGGCCGCCCCGCCACCCAGCUCGGACUCCCCCAGAGCCAAUGGGUCUCUCACCCAGCUCAGGUGCUGGAUGCUCCAAUCCAGACCCCAGGAGAGGGCGCUCUUCGGUUCCGCGAAUCUUUCCCGUCCACAUCCUCUGAGGGAGUGGGGUCCACCACAGGGACUCGCGGAGGGGGAGCCCCGUCACCUGACAGAUUCCUUCUGAGGCUGGGGCUCUGGGGGCGGGAGGCGCCUCACUGUGCCAUGUGCCUGGCCCACCCCUCACCACGGCUCAGAUCAGUUCUCCCACAAAAGCAGCUGCCGUGUCCCCCGCGUUCCAAGGAAAUGGAAGGACAGGGAGUUCUGUGCGACGCCCGUCUCAGGCCAGAGAUGUGUGGAGUGAGCUCCCCGUCAGGGGAGGCAUUCAAGCCGAACGCUGGCGGAGCACCUGCUGUAGUUCCGUAGUGGAUGUCUACGAUCAGGUGAGGCCGGGGCUGGGUGAGAGGCGUCCCCUCCCGGAGCCGAGCGCCGACCCACGCUGCGCCCAUUCGCCAGCUCCGCGCGCUAGCACCGACCCCCGGCACGGCCGACCCCGGACGCCCCGCCCAGCCCCACACCCCGGCACCUACGACGCCCCCACACUUAGUGCCAGGCAAGCGCCCAGCCCAGGCGGCGCCCCCUGACAGCACUCCAGGCCGCCCCAGGUCCCUGCACCACCUCUGCGCCAUGCUCCUAGCCUCGGCCCCGCCCCACGUUCCUGGCUGGCCUCCCGGACCCUCUGCGCCGCCCGGACCCCGCGGUCCCCAGCCCAGCCCCUCGGUUCCCCGCGUCCCGGGUCCCACCCCUCCAGCGGAGGCGCCCAGCGGCAGGGGCUGGCGCAGGAGUGGGCGCUUGCUCGACUGGCGGGCAGAGGAACCGCCGCUCGCUGGACGCGGCGGCCAAAAUGUUCCUGGAGCACCAGCACGAAUUUAUUGGGCCUCUGCUGUGUGUACACACUGCGGUUCAGCAGGGAACCAAACACCACAGGAAGGAGGGUGUUGUCGUCACGGUGCCCACACAGGAAAGAAACAAACACAAUGGGAAACUAUGCCCCAGACGUCCGUUGUCUUCUCCAGCAUCCUUGGGCCCAGCUGUAGUGGACAGGUGCAGCCUGGCAUGGGGGAGCGUGGAGGUGGGGCCGGUGGUGGCUCCGGGGACCUCAUCUUCCAAGAUGGACGCCUCAUCUCUGGGUCCCUGGAGGCCCUGAUGGAGCACCUUGUUCCCACAGUGGAUUAUUACCCCGAUAGGACGUACAUCUUCACCUUUCUCCUGAGCUCCCGGGUCUUUAUGCCCCCUCAUGACCUGCUGGCCCGUGUGGGGCAGAUCUGUGUAGAGCAGAAGCAGCAGCUGGAGGCCGGGCCUGAAAAGGCCAAGCUGAAGUCCUUCUCAGCCAAGAUCGUGCAGCUCCUGAAGGAGUGGACGGAGGCCUUCCCCUAUGACUUCCAGGAUGAGAAGGCCAUGGCCGAGCUGAAAGCCAUCACACACCGUGUCACCCAGUGCGACGAGGAGAAUGGCACAGUGAAGAAGGCCAUUGCCCAGAUGACGCAGAGCCUGUUGCUGUCCCUGGCUGCCCGGAGCCAGCUCCAGGAACUGCGCGAGAAGCUCCGGCUACCGGCUGUAGACAAGGGGCCCAUCCUCAAGACCAAGCCACCAGCCGCCCAGAAGGACAUCCUGGGCGUAUGCUGCGACCCCCUGGUGCUGGCCCAGCAGCUGACUCACAUUGAGCUGGACAGGGUCAGCAGCAUUUACCCUGAGGACUUGAUGCAGAUCGUCAGCCACAUGGACUCCUUGGACAACCACAGGUGCCGAGGGGACCUGACCAAGACCUACAGCCUGGAGGCCUAUGACAACUGGUUCAACUGCCUGAGCAUGCUGGUGGCCACUGAGGUGUGCCGGGUGGUGAAGAAGAAACACCGGACCCGCAUGUUGGAGUUUUUCAUUGAUGUGGCCCGGGAGUGCUUCAACAUCGGGAACUUCAACUCCAUGAUGGCCAUCAUCUCUGGCAUGAACCUCAGUCCUGUGGCGAGGCUGAAGAAAACCUGGUCCAAGGUCAAGACAGCCAAGUUUGAUGUCUUGGAGCAUCACAUGGACCCAUCUAGCAACUUCUGCAACUACCGCACAGCCCUGCAGGGGGCCACGCAGAGGUCCCAGAUGGCCAACAGCAGCCGUGAGAAGAUUGUCAUCCCUGUGUUCAACCUCUUCGUUAAGGACAUCUACUUCUUGCACAAAAUCCACACCAACCACCUACCCAACGGGCACAUUAACUUCAAGAAAUUUUGGGAGAUCUCCAGACAGAUCCAUGAGUUCAUGACAUGGACACAGGUAGAGUGUCCCUUCGAGAAGGACAAGAAGAUUCAGAGUUACCUGCUCACGGCGCCCAUCUACAGCGAGGAAGCUCUCUUCGUCGCCUCCUUUGAAAGUGAGGGUCCUGAGAACCACAUGGAAAAAGACAGCUGGAAGACCCUCAGGACCACCCUCCUGAACAGAGCCUGAGGCGGAUGCAGCCUGCGACGCCAGAGGAAGCACGCGCACUAACUGGGUUUAAAUUUCGACUGAUGUGGGUUGAGAUGAGGAGGCCUCACUGGUUGGGGUCCGUUUUGUAUAUAACUUUUAUGAGAAAAAAAAUGGUAAUUAUUUCAUGCAUCAACCUUUGGCACUUACAAAGUUUUUUUUGUUUAUUUUAAAUAACAGGGCAGGGCCCUGCUUUGGGGAGGGAGAGGGGAGAGUAUCAUGGGAGAUGGCAUCCAUGAUAACAUCUUAUUCUAAUGAAAUGUAGAUUUUUAUUUUCUACUUUUGAUUAUUAACAUCUUAUGAAAAAAAUAUUUUAAAAAACCCAACCAAAACCAACGUGAGCCCUGCCUGCUCGGACGCCUUUCCAGCCAGUGUCUCUGACGUCGGGGUUAGUGCCUUAGAGGGUACUGGGGUCUGGUCUUCCUGCUCUGUGGUUCGGGCUGUGGUGAGUCCCACUCCAUCUGGGCGCCUGCCCUCAGGAGGGCUGGUGGCUGGGAGGUCACGUCCGCACACUUCUGGAAGUGAGCCUUUGAGUACAGGCUGUCCAAAGUUUACAUUUUCAUUUUCCUUUCAGGGAUUUGUGGGGUCAGGGAGGGGCAGGGGGCACCUGGCAGCAUAUUUUCUGUGACAAUGUGUCCAGCAAAUCAUUCUUCAACUACAUUUUAGAAAGCAGGAAAUCUAAAAUAAGGGAGGGAAGCAUGGAGUUGUCAGUCUUUGGGCUGCGACUGAAAGACACACUGAGCUGUGAUGAAGAAGAGUACACGGCUGACUCCAGGGUGGUGACAUUUAGAGCUAGUCUUGAAACCUACCUACAGAGGGGAGGGAGCCAACAGCCCUCCUCCCACCUGGGUGGGCAGCGCCCCUAAUUGGAGUUGGAAACAAAAUUCGCCAGGCCAUACUGCUGGAGCCCAUUCAGAUAAAACUGCCCAAUACCGAGAGGUGUUUUCUACACCCAGCUAGAGGAGCACACUCCAUUUUCCCAUGUCUGACUUCCUGGUGUGAGCCCUGGGCCCUACUGACCAUGGCGCAGGACAGCUGUCCUUCAGAAAGCGUGAGGUCUAUCCACGCGGACCGUCUCCCUUGCAGGAAUUCCGUACCCUCGUCCCUCUCUGCAUUCCCGGCUUCUGCAGGAGCCUUGAUUAAUGGGGAAGCCUGGGUGAGGAUGGGCCAGGUCCCAAUUCCCAAAGCUCCUGGGAGAGCCUGAAGACACUGGGAGAGGCUGGGCCUGGGGAGGAGGCAGCCCCAGGCCCGCUGCCCAUGCCUCUGGUCCUGGGUGGAGCAGGAAUAGUUCCACUGUAUUGUCACAGUGUGUUUGCACUUUCUGAGGUUCUAGCUAGUACAGAUUGUAUAUUGAUAGUACAUAUUGCUUUGUUUAUGUCUUUGAGAUGAGAAAGGCUUAAAACUUGAGAAUAUAUAUUUGGAAUACAGCCUUAGAACGGUUUCUGUACACAUCCACGUGCACUUCACGGGUGAUCAGUUCUAGUACCUACUUGAAACAGUGUCUAUGUUUGCUACUUUAUUUUCCCAAUUUGAUACAUACCCUGAUUUGAUGUUUUGGUAUUUAAGAUGAACUCUGAGUAUGAAGCUGUACCAUAAUGCAGGAUGUCAGUUUUGGUGUGACUGGACAUACUUGCUUCAAUAAAAGAACACGUCACUCCCC